AUGGCACCUGUAGUUGUUGAGCGUGAUUAUAUUAGACUUGAUGUCCCAACGCCAGAGUAUUUACCGUAUGAGGAUUCCGGGCCGGAUACGCCGUCUCCGAAGCCGGAUCUUAUUCCACUUGAGUAUCAAAACAGUUUGAGGUGAGAAAUCCUUUAAAAAUGAAUCAAUUUUUAUAUUUUUUAAGCUCUGCUUCAAUUUCGUCAACGUCCCCUCCAGUAAAAGAAGUUCCAGUCAAGCCAGCUAACUUUACGAAGCUCCUAAAACUGUUUCAGGUUUGUCUAACUUGGGUAUCGUUACAUGUUUUACACUUGAAAUUACUUGGUAACCGUUUUUACAACCCAUAAAACGUUCUUAUUCUAUGCAAUCCCGUAGAUCCUGAACUUUCUGUUCGCGUUGAAAGCGAGAUCCCCGCAAUUGUUUCCAUCCUCUCCAAUCCUCUUGAUUCACGUGUGAUCUUGAAGUGUUUGCUGGGGACAAACACUCCUUCACAACACUUAAACCCGAUUAUCACAAUUAUUUUUGUUGUUAUUAUACUUAUAGUCAGCUGAUCAGCCAAAGUUCAAUGUGCGUAAAAUGGAACCGUCCGAGACAUUCUCUUCCGACGAGAACGAUUGCUGCUUGAUGGUCACAGAGGUAUGACCAGCAACCCAAUGCAAUAUUGUUUUAGAAGAGAUUGGAACAAAAGCAUUUUAAAGCCUUCAAAGCGCCGGUCAAAACGCCUUCUCUACUCUCGCUAAAUGUUCGAGGUAACUAAAUUUACAGUAAUUUGUGAGGGUCGUAAUACUCAUUGUUUUCAGACUAUGGCAGCUCAAUUUACAGCCCAUCUUUCCAUUCACCGAGAUCAAUUCGGAAUACACAAUCCCCCACAAAUUCAAUCAAAUCGACCGCUUCAGAUAUGGUCUUCCAUCAGGCAAGUAUAACUAAUGAAAUACUUAUACGAACAACUUCAGAUGGCUGUCUCGCAUUCAUCGACAUUAGCCUUUGUUUCCAACAAUUACAAUAAACUUCUUCGAGAACAUUCUUUUCCCAAUCAAAUUGGAGUUGAGAUAUACGAAAGGUAAUAUAAAUUAGACUUCAAGGCAAUCAAAAUUACAUCAGAGUGUCGUUAUCAAAUAUUGUAUUCAAAUCCACAACACCUACAGUAAUCAAGGAUAAGAUAUUACUAUUCGAAGCCGCCUUUGUCUCCUCUUCAUAUCAUGAGUACCCUAUUACUGUAAUGGUAAGGAAGGAAUCAACUUGACGGAAUUGUUGCAGAUCAGCUCUGCCGACACAUAUGCUCCUUUGUUGGGACGGCAUGCUGAUCGGAUAUUUGGACCUCCACUCUUGGCCGAAUUCGAAGAAAUUACAAAAGAAAUGUCUCAGUUAUUGGAUGAAGCUGGGCAAGAAUUAAAGCAACAGAGUACUCUGAAGGUUACUGUAAUGCCCCCAAUGCAUGUCUGUUCCUUCCCGGCGUUAGCUGCUCAUAAUUUGCAUAAGGUAACGGGUGGUGAUAGAUUGACUUGGAAGCUGAUUUUAUUGCCUUGAUACAGGGGGACCUGGUCCAGCCGUCAAAAAUGUGCAGUUUUGCUUCAAUGAGGGAACAAAAAUCUUUGACCAAAAGAAAACAAAAAAAAAACUCAAAAGCGCACGAUUUUGGUUUGGAAGUAUCCGUGAAUGCGCCUCUUUGUGAGACAAAAUCAUUUUGCAUUAUUGUUAUUCCAUCCGGGAAACAAUAUUGCGCAUUUUUGUCGAGCGGGUCAGGUCCCCCACAGUAAAAUAAGACUGAUUUUUAGGGAGUCAAUCCAUACAAACGUGAAGAACAAACGGUCUUUAUCAUGAUUCAACUUCUGAAUGCCCUCAAAUGUCUUCAAGCAGAUGGAAUUGAGUUGUUAUCAAAUAAUUUCAAAGAAUUCCUCCUCUCUUACAGUAACCCUGAUGGCCGUCCUUUCAGUCAGUCUUUAGACCAGCUUCCUCGCCUUAUUCUUCUCAGAUCUACAGUUGAAGAAGACUGUAAUGAGGAGACCGUCAGCCCUGAGCCUAAGGUCACUCUCUGCAAAUUUGCCCUAAGGGCAUUAUGUACAUUAUUAGGAUUGAAGAUUCAGAAUAGAUUGCCGGAGAUUACAGAGAAAAGUCGAUGGUCGUCUGGAUUGAGGAAGUGCUCUCAGCUAUUAAAUAUGGAACGAAGUUCUUCUCUGACUGAUGCUCAACAAACACUCGAGUUUUGUUUCUUCGCUCAAAAUCAGAACUUUGAAAACGAUCUUCAAGCCAAGUUAUGGUUGGACGAAAGUCGGGCCAAAUACGUAAAUCAAGUUGUAAGAACUCAUCUUUUUUAUACUAUUCUUGCAGGUGAGAUGGUUGGUAGAGAAGAGCCGGCGGAUGGUGGAUCCUAAGGAAAAACAUUAUCUCCUAUUUCUCUUGGGUUCCACCCCCAUGCAGCUAUCCAGGAUUGCUCAUACCUUCAAAAGAAAAUAA